AGUAAUAUAUGCGGAAGCAUUCCCCUCUACCGUCUGUACAGCGCGGACGGCACGGAUCACUUCUACACUACAUCCUUAUCGGAGGCGGACAACGCUGUUGCCAAACUUAAUUAUGCCUCUGAGGGUAUUGCGGCUUACGUACUUCCUGUUCCACCUAGCGAAUGA